AUGCAUGGGAACGUUCAUGUAAUACGGACUGUGGGUGAUCAGAGUGACCAAAAAGAGACAAAUAAUGCACCAAUGGGGAUGGAUGGACAUGGAUGGACAGGGACCAAGGGCAACAAUGGUAUCUGUUACGGGUUGGGUAUCCACAUAGUACAACGGACAGCUGAGGGUGACAAUGUACCAAUACAGACGGGCCAGCCCAUGUGGGCCGAGGCCGGUGAUUGUACCAUGAUAGACGAGUGGGCCGAGGCUGGUGAUUGUACCAUGAUAGACGAGUGGGCCGGUACAUACUAUGUGCAAUGGAUGACGAGUGGGCCGAGAUGA